AUGUACAUAUUUAAUAGGGUCAGUCAAACUGAACAGAGAGGAGAUUCCUCCCUGGCUUCGAAUAUAUCUGUCAACAAACCAGUCGUUCUUUCUUUCUUUCUUUCGGUCUCCAUUCAUGCAGUCAUGCAUUUCACCGCUGACAUGCGCUUGAGCGGACUCGAGGGAGAUAAACGUACCGAUGAUCUAGGCGCCCGCAUAAAGGACAGACCUCUUUUUCCCGGACAUUUGUCUCUUUCAGCCGCACGACAGAAAGUCAGUAUCAUUGUUUCUCUUCUUAAGGUGGACAUUACCGACAUAGCUCACAACCUGCGCACAUUGAUACCCGAGCAUGACUCCGCUCCAUAUUUUCGAUGA